CUGAGCUGCUCUCUCUCUCUCUCCACUCUCCACCUCCUCCUCCUCGGCUCCUCCGCGCCGCGUUGCGGAUCGAUCCGGCCGCGGGGUGCGGGGUUUGCAUUGCAUUGCAUGGGGAAGCGGAGGGCGAGGGGGAGUAAGCGCCGUGGCGGUGCGGAGGGUGGGGGAGGAGGGAAGCGGCGGAGGGAGGGGGAAAGCGAUGAGGACUACUGCUUCGUCUGCAAGGAUGGUGGCCGCCUCCGCUUCUGCGACUACAGGAACUGCCACAAGGCUUACCAUCCUGAAUGUUUGGAGAAGGAUGACAGCUUCCUCAAUUCAGAUGAACAGUUCAUUUGUGAUUGGCAUACAUGUUUUAUCUGCAAAGGGCGUUCAUACUACCGAUGCUUUUGUUGUCCGGAUUCCUCUGUUUGUCGUGCUUGUGUGAAACAAGCAGAAUUUGUCCCUGUCAUGAGGAAAACAAUGGGAUUUUGUAACAACUGUUUGAGGUUGGCAAUCAUGAUUGAGAAGAAUGUAGAUGUUGACUCUGAUGGGGAGAGGGUUGAUUUCAGUGACAGGGAGACAUAUGAAUUUUUGUUCAAGGAUUACUACUGGGAGAUAGUUAGAGAGAAAGAAGGGUUGACAUUGGAUAAUAUUCGACAAGCCUGUGCUCUUCUCAGAAGUGGCUUAAACCAUAAUGAACUAUCAGAAUCAGAGAAUCUUCCAGAUAGUGAGCAGAGUUCAGAUGAUGAUUUCUUGGGCAAUAGUGAUGACAAUGAUGAGCCAGCUUAUCCAUCUGUUUUACAUGGGACAUCAAAUAAAGUGAAAACCAUAUUGAAGGAAGGAAAAACAAAGAAAAAUGUUUAUGUGGAUUGGGGUUCAAAAGAGCUUAUUGAGUUCUUGUCAUCGAUAGGAAAAGAUACAUCAAAACCUCUAGAUCAAUUUGGUGCUGCUGAAGUUGUGAAGGAGUACAUUCGGCAAAAAGAUCUUGUGCAGAAAGAUAAGAAAAAGCAUGUCAUAUGUGAUGGAAAGCUCUUGUCUCUGUUUAGGAAAUCAAAACUGAAAUAUAACAAGAUAUAUAGCUUGUUGGAAAGGCAUAUUGCAGCAAAUAUCACAUCAGAGGAUGAAUCACUUGCUAGUUCCGAGGACAAUACUGAUUCAAUUAUGAAAAGGAAACGUCGGACCAUGAAUUCUGAAUUGAGUACUCCAGAAGAGGUGUCUGAAAGAUACAGGAGAUGCUUUGCUUCUCUUGUCUGUGAUAACAUCAAAUUAAUCUAUUUGAGAAGAACUCUAGUUAUCGAUCUGCUAAAGCAACCAGAUGCGUUUGAACGUAAAGUUAUUGGCUGUUAUGUCAGAGUAAAGAAUGACCCCAAAGGGUAUAAUCACCACAAGCCUCAGAAAUUGUACCAGCUUGGACAAGUGACAGGCAUUAGGAAAUCCUCGGAAGAAUACAAGAUAAGGGGCAUAUCUACUGAUAUUCUUUUAUGUAUUUCCAACACGUGGUCUGAUGUCAAAAUUUCAGUGUUGUCAGAUGAAGACUUUGAGGAGGAAGAAUGUGAAGAUCUUCGUUUGCUGUCCCGGAAAGAACCUUCUAAAAGGCAAACUGUUGCUGAGUUUGAGAAGAAAGCAAGAAGUAUGCAUGUGGACAUAGUGAGUCAUUGGAUCGACAAAGAACUUCAGAGACUGGACAAAUUGAUUGAAAUGGCAAACGAGAAAGGUUGGCGUGAUGCGAUGCACGAAUACAUUGACAAAAGAAAGCUACUACGAGCACCAUCAGAAAGGCAACGCCUUCUUGAAGAGGUCCCUCAAGUUAUUCCUGAUCUAGAGGAUAGUAAGGACUCUGAAUUUCUACUUACGGCAGCAAACAAAUCUUCUCAGAAGAAUACAGGUACCAACAGGGAUAGAGUUGAUUGCUUGAAACGAUGUUCAGAAGAAAAACUGAAAGGGGACAAAAGGAACCAAGUUUUUUGUUCGAAAAGUUCCUCAGAAGAAAAAUCUGAAGUCUUGCUCAUAUGUAGCAACGGUGAUGUUGAUGCACCUGGAAUGUGUUUAGAAAAGCUUGUCACUAAAGCAAUUGAAGUCAAUCCUCCUGGUGAUAUGCCCAGAACACAUGUUCAAAACGAUGGCACUGAAGCUACUGCAGCUCAAGUUAUUAGCAUUGAUGACAAUGAAGAUGAUCGGCAUGGUAAAAGUGGAGACACGAUUGUCGAUCUGGAUUCCGAUGGAAGUGGGGGUCAUGAUACGACUAAGUCUCUAUUAUGCAGUGGUCAGGAAGCUGUUAAGGCGAAGGAAAAAAUCUCAGAGCAUUCAAGUGUGUGGUAUUACAACGAUCCUCAAGGUGACGAACAAGGCCCAUUUACAAUGGAACUGUUGCGUCACUGGUUGAAAUCCGGACACUUCAGCGAUGAUUUUAGAGUCUGGAGAACAGGCCAAUCUUGUGACUCCGCCAUCUUGCUCAAAGAUGCUUUGCUCCUGACAAGCUAAGCACUACUGAAGAGCCUCACUUUGUAAUUAACUUGAUGUCUCUAGAUGCAUGUACAUAUAUGGCAGAAUGCAGGAGGACCCCCAUUCAUGUAACAUAUUGUGGGGGGAGGGCCAGUCAGCGGGGUAUGUAUAAUGUAUGUAUUGUCUGACGGUAGUAGAAUGAAUGGCUUUUUUUUUGGACCAAAGCGCUGCUCCUUUUGGUCCCACGGAUGUAUUUUGUGCUCAUAAAUUAGCGUGUUUAUGCGAAGGUACUGGGGAU